UGGCACGUCCGGGCUCCGAGUAGCGGGCUGACCCUCGUUACCGAUCUUACCCCGUCCACGACGUCAACCGCGCGCAAUACACCAAACAACACCACCACUGUGGCGGGCACAGGCAGCGAAGGGCUGCGCCAGUCGGCCACUGCGCCGAUCAUGAUAGAUGAGAAGUUCUUGAGAACUGCGCGGUCUAACAACAGCCUGGCUGGGUCACUAUCACCUUCCUCGGCCAUAUCCUCGCCAGCACUGAACGCGCUCGGCGACCUCACCCCUCUUCCUUCGCCGCUGGUGAUGGGCGACUCUCCCGGACCAUGGCAAAGGGCUGUACCGCGACCUCGAGGGCCUUCUGUUAGUUCACGCGAUGACACUUAUCUUGCCUCGAACAGGGCCACCCUCUCGCCCUCGCCCUCGCUGAAGAAGAAGGGUUACCAGAGGUUAAAGACUGCCGGCGUGGAGGCUACAGAUGCGCGCAUGCAGGCCCACCAGAACAACGAAGCAGCUCGUGAGAGAAACCGCAGUAUCAGUGAGUACACGCCGGAUUCCCUACACCACCCAAGGCCUCGAAAUGUUACCAUCAGCAAUGUCGCUACCGAAGGUGACGCAACCAUGCAGCAGCGCUUGCGCCGGGAGCAGUAUCUCGCCUCACAGCGGGGCAUUGUCCCUGCGCAAGUCCCCGCUGGUCUGCCUACACCUCCUGCCAGCAAUACCAGCAACUGGAGUGCCACGGAUGAGGAGGAUCACGUCACGGAGGAAGACGAAACCAAGUACAUUGUCGUUCGCCAUGGUCAGCAGAUGAAGAAGAAGCUAUGGCGUCCGGUUCGGCAACUCGGCCAAGGCACAUUCAGCAAAGUUUACCUGGCCACGUGCGAAAGGACCACAGCCAAGGACCCGCUGGACGAGAAGUCUCUAGACCUUCGUAAACUCGUCGCCAUUAAAGUCGUUGAGCACGGUCCUGCCGGCGGCGCCGAUGAGGAACGUGUCGAACUAAGCCUCAAACGAGAAGUGGAGAUGCUCCGCUCUGUCUCCCACCCCUCUCUCGUUCAUCUGCGCGCUUUUGAUCACAAUGAGGCCCAGGCUCUCCUGGUCUUGACAUACUGCCCUGGUGGUGAUCUGUUUGAUGUAGCCAGCGACCACCGCGACAUUCUGAGUAUGGACAUCGUCCAGCGUGUGUUCGCUGAGAUGGUCAGCGCCGUACGGUAUCUGCAUGAGAAGCUGAUUGUGCAUCGCGACAUCAAGCUAGAAAACGUCCUCCUCAACAUCCCUGUCUCUUCUGUACCUCUUCUCAAGAACCCACAGUCUCAUCCGUACCCCAUUGCGACACUUACGGAUCUUGGCCUCUCCCGCCGUAUACCUGCUCCCCCGGAAUCUCCUCUUUUGACAACUCGAUGUGGUAGUGAAGACUAUGCCGCUCCAGAGAUCCUACUAGGCCAGCCAUAUGACGGUCGCUCGACUGACGCUUGGGCCCUUGGUGUCCUAUUGUACGCUCUGAUGGAAGGGCGCCUACCUUUCGACCCACCGCCAGGUAAGGUGGGCUCACGAAGCAGAGCUGCUCAUCGAAUCGCCAGGUGUGACUGGGUCUGGGUCAAAUUCGGUGAUGAGGACGGAGAAUGGGACCGCGAAAAGAGCAAGGAAUUGGCUGGCGCUCGGGAGUGCGUCGAAGGUCUGCUGAAGAAAGUCUCGCGCGGCCGCAAGAGCCUCGAGGACAUUGAGAAGAUGGAUUGGGUAAAGCAAGGCAUCCAGGUCGAGGGCGGCCUGAAGAGGAGGAUUGAGGACGAAGAUGCGAACGACACAACA